AUGGCCCAGGUUUUCAAGGUCCAUCGUCCGACUUGCCCAGCGACAUUUCCCUAUUCUGGGGAAACCUUCACCCGCGAGGACCAGACUCCAGAUCCGGAGUUUUAUGCCAGUCCCAGGUUCGUGCAUCAUAUCGACGACCGAUGCCGUCUUGCUCUGCAGGAGUACUAUGCCGGAGUGUUACCAGAGCCUUUGCCACUCAGUGCAGAAAACAGCAGUGAGAGCAAAACUCGACCGAGGAUACUCGAUCUCUGCUCUAGCUGGACGUCCCAUCUCCCGAACUCGUAUGCCCCACCGCAUACAUACGUCACUGGGCUGGGUCUUUCUGCCCCGGAGUUGGCCGCGAAUCCUCUGCUGUCAAGGAGAGUCGUACAUGACCUCAACGUCGAUCCUAUUCUUCCUGUCGAAAUGACCAAACUGGACGUCAGAACAAAGGCAGAACUUGAGUCGAAAGACGCACCGGGACACUAUGAAGGAACCGAGGCCGCGUACGACGCUAUCAUAUGUACCGUAAGCGUGGACUAUCUCGUCCACCCGCUGGAAGUGUUCUGCGAGCUGGCUCUGGUGACGCGAGAAGCAGGCACGGCACAUAUGGCCUUCUCUGAUCGAUGUUUUCCUAGCAAGGUCAUACGCCGCUGGCUUGAGGUGGGACCAGCGGAGAGGUGCGAGAUGGUCGCGUCCUAUUUCUGGUUUGCGGGCACUACGGGCGAGAAGCCUUGUGAACCAGGCGUAUUGUGA